AUGAAUAGAAUCUUUUUUUAUCGAAAAUUUACAUGUUCAGUUUCUAGAAAAAAAAUAGAAUGCACAUUUAUUACUCCAUUUGGUGAACGGAAGACGUUGAAAGUUUGUGAAGGUAGCUCUGUUUUAGAUAUUGCACAUGAACAUAAUAUUGAUCUUGAGGGUGCAUGUGAAGGAUCUAUAGCAUGUUCUACAUGCCAUGUUAUUGUGGAUCCUAAAUAUUAUAGUAAAAUGGAAGAACAAUCAGAAAAAGAAUUAGAUAUGCUUGAUUUGGCUUUCGGAUUAACUGAAACAUCAAGAUUAGGUUGUCAAAUAAUUAUGAAUAAAAGCCUAGAUGGUAUUACUUUUAUAAUCCCGGCAGCAACCAGAAACAUACAAUUUAAAAAAUAA